AUGUCUUCAACAGCAACUGAAACAAUGACGCCCGUCUCUACUAAGGUGGAACAUGAAGAUUUCUUGAACAAAAUCAUUGAGCACGUCAGACAACUCACUUUCGAUCCCGAGUUCCAGAAAGCAUCGGCGACUUAUAGUCAGGUUAAAGAACAGCAGGAUCAAAUCCAGAUUCGAGAUGAAAAGCUGGACAAAUUGCAGAAGCAUAUCAAAGCUCAAGAAGAGAAUGAGUUGGUUGCGCUCAGCAGAUUUUCUGCAGUGAACCAAGCCUUGACCACCCAGAAAGAAAAGGCAGAAAAAGAAAAUUCUUCUCUUCGAAAAGCGGUUACAGAAAGAGAGAAAUCUCUGGCUGAGAUCUCUCGAAGGAUUCAAGAACUCCAAGGGCAGAUACAAACACAGCUGUCUGAAAGAUCGCAGGACGAAAGGAGGAUGAACUCAAUAAUUGCACAACACAAUCUUGAUAUUGGUUCCCUACAGAAAAGACUUAAAGAAAGAGAUACAUCGGUUGACGAAAUGAAGGCUACUACCGCAAACCUUGAGAGUCUCCUUGCUAAGGAACAAGCGAAAAGCGUUUGCCUUGAAACAGAGAAGAAGUCGCUUGAUGAAAAGAUGCAAAAGGCUCGCAGUCGACUUGAAAAGUUCGAUGCUUUUAUCCUUAAAUCUCACCAAAUUGAUGAGCAGUCAAUAAUUGAUAGGUUUGAGGGCAUCUGGGACUACGCAAUAAAUGAAAUUUGGACCGUCUUGCGCCAGAAUUUGAGCGACGAGAAUCUCAAAAAUGAUAGACGCUGGAAGAAGUUCAGACUGGAUACUGAUGCUGCUAUCCGAGAUGGGGCAAUCCAAGGGCAGCCUGCCCCCCUGUGUGCUUCGAAUUCCGAUGCCGCUAAGGGAAUGCGUUUGGCUGUGAUGUUAGGCAUUCUAUCCAGGGAAAUUGAUAAGGAGAUUUUUCAACCGAGUUACUUUCCGUCCGAGACCGGCAAUUUCAGGAUGAGCUUGAAUAAGCUUGCGAAAAGUGACAACGAAAAAGAACAUUUUUAUCGCUCCGUCCUGCUUUCUAUUGAUCGUGACGGGCAGGAAGCUGAACUUCAGUCUAGGGCCAAAUCUGUUGUUCAGAAUGUGUCCCACUAUCUUCAUGAGCUUCUUUCAACUGCCCAGUAUGGUGAGCUCAAAGAGAGGAUAAAGAACGUUGUUGAUAGGGCAAUCGAGGUCUGGCGUCCUAUCCAGAAUUCCACGAAAAGAUAUGAGACGGAAUUUGAUCCAGUCGAUUGGGCCCUCGAUGAGGAUUCUCUAUUCCAGUCUCCCGUAGGUGGUGAAGAUACCAUCGGGGCUGAGCAUCCAGACAAUCACCUUUUUGUCGUUUUCCCUGGAUUCCUUUCCUUGGAAUGUGAUGCCUUUAUUUUGACUUCCGUCGUUCCGCUCAUGAGCUCUCAGAGAUUAUGUGUUGCUGCCAAUCAAGAACUGAGGGAAGAAGUUCGAGGGCAAUCUAGCCCAACGACUAAACAACCCAGUCGUAAAAGGCAGAACUCUGUUGCUAAAUCUCAAUCGCAGUCAAACGGGAUUGGUUUUUUUGGAGGGCACUCCUCCGGAGGCCCAGGCAAUUGA